AUGGAUGACGUCUCCGUUGAACAAUCAUCUUCAUUGAUGGUUGAAACAAUGUUAAGCACAGACUUUACUCACUUGAACCGCCAAGACGAGGAAGAGAAUGAUUCGGUCGACGACGACUUCCAUCACGACGACUCUGACGAUGACUACGAUAACUCCGAGGAGCAAGAGUACACAUCACAAGCCGGUAAACUUUUAAUCUAUGCAGAUAAAUUCAUCCGAAAUGAAUUGAUAGAGAUUAUGGAGUAUCUAAAGAAUGCCGACAAGGACAGACCAGUGGAAGAAGUCAAAGUACAUGAAAUUUACCUAUAG